AUGAAUAUAUUCUCUUGUCUAUGUAUAUGUGUACUUUUUUCUGCGAUAGCACCAUUUAUUCCUCAUCCAGCGGUGCGAUUUGGUGGUCAAGCUGGAAACAGUAUAACUCAUACCGAUAUAGUUCAAUUUGGUUUUAUUCGAAGUCUUGCUCAAUUUUUUAUUGAUACUAAAACUCAAGAAAAAGCUACAUUUAACAUCGAAGAUUUUAAACGUGACCAUACUAUUGAUGAUCUCUAUCAGUUAGCUCAUCCUGAUUGGACAAAAGACAAAGUUAAUUUAUAUUCUUAUCCAUUAAAAAGUAUUAUUGAUAAGAUUCAAGUAAGAAAUGCUCUAGUUGAUCUCAAUCCAUCAACAAAAAAUCUACCAUCAGCUCAUUUUGAUAGUGAAUCAUUUAAUGAAAGCAAUCAUCGAAUCAUAAGAUUACGAAAGAAAGAUGCAAAUAAUCCUAAUAAAGAUUUAGAUGAAGCACGUGGAAGAAUUGGAGAUUUACUUCAUACACUUCAAGAUUUUUAUUCUCAUUCGAAUUGGGUUGAAAUGGGUAAAACAGAAAUAAAUUCUCAUAUUGGUAUUCAAGAAAAUAUUGGUCGAAUAGCUGAUAUCAAUCAGGCAACAUGUAGUAGUGUUGGAUGUAAAAAAGUUCAAUCGAACUGUAAUAUCAUUCAAAAACUUGUUAUAAAAGCAUGUCCAAUGUCGUAUUAUGAAUGUAAAGAUAAUAUUCUCGAUGAAAUCAAUAAACAAGGCAUAUUAACUAGUGGUUAUAUGUCAGAUCAAUUAAAUUCUAAAGGAGAACCAAUAGUAAAACCAAACAAUGUACAAAAGUGUUCUCAUGGUUCUGUCAUGGAUAAAACAGCUCAUCAAAUACCUAUAGGUGGUAUCAAUAAAGAUGCAAUGACAUCUAUGUUUUCUCCUCAUUAUUAUCUUCAUACUCAAGCAGUAAAGUUUGCAAUAGAAGCUACUGAACGAUUUUUCAAUGAUUUACGAAAAGAUUUAGGUGAUAGAAAUUUUGAUCGUCUCUUUGCCAUUAAUCCAACUGAAGAACAAAUCAAAAAAGCAACGAUUGCCAUAGAAAAUCGGGAAAAGUUUCAUUUUUUUACAUCAAUACUUUCGAUUGGUCUAAGUACUCGUGAUAUUAAUUUUGACAAAGCAAUAAAACAGCGUAUUCAAGAAAUUAUCUCAAUACUGUUUAAUAUCAAAGAUGACACUGCACCAACAUAUGAUCUCAGUGACAUUGGAAUUGACAAAAGUAAUGUGAACAUACAUGCAGCUCCAUUACUAAUUGAUAAUUCUAAAACUAUCAAAACAAGACGAAUUGGUCAACGUCGAUAUAAAUGGACUAUGAUAUGA